UCGCGGCGCUCGUUGAUGACGCCAUCACACCACGCCGUGUUCACCACGCUGACUAGCGAGUUUGGCUACGGAAACUUGUUUCUAUCCCGGGUUUUAACACUGUUCUUCAUGUUUUCAAGCUAAACUAAAGGCGCGGACAUGGCGGAAACGUCGUCGGAUCCGGUGAAAGAGUUCGAAAAAUGGAAAAAGAAAUACAAUUUGAAGAAAGCUCGCGUCAAGCGUGAACGUGGCGAGAAGAAGCCCGGCUGGCAAGUGGAACGCGAGAACAUCGAGCGACUAGUGAGCAGGUAUGCUGAUAUUAAGAGUGAGGAAGUGGUCAAGUUCUCCGACUUCCCUAUUUCCAAGAAAACCCUAUUGGGUCUGCAAUACUGUCAGUACCGGCAACCCACGGAGAUCCAGAAGCAGACCAUCGGGGUGGCCCUGCAGGGCAAAGACGUGCUGGGAGCCGCCAAAACUGGAUCAGGCAAGACUUUAGCUUUCCUCAUCCCCGUGCUGGAGAUUCUCUACCGGCAGCAGUGGAGCUCGGCGGACGGCUUGGGCGCCCUUAUCAUCUCGCCCACCAGGGAGCUGGCCUACCAGACCUUCGAGGUGCUCCGCAAGGUGGGACGCAACCACGACUUCUCGGCGGGGUUGGUAAUCGGCGGCAAGGAACUGAAGAACGAGUCGGCGCUUAUCCAUCGCACCAACGUAGUGGUGUGCACCCCUGGCCGGCUGCUGCAGCAUAUGGACGAGACGGCCAACUUCCACGCGUCUGACCUGCGGGUGCUGGUGCUGGACGAGGCCGACCGUAUCCUGGACAUGGGCUUCGCUACCACCAUGGACGCCAUCCUGGAGAACUUGCCGGCGGGCCGCCAGACGCUGCUCUUCUCCGCCACGCAGACCAAGUCGGUCAAGGACCUGGCACGCCUCAGUCUCAAGGACCCGGAGUAUGUGUGGGUACACGAGAAGGCCCGGUUCAGCACGCCGGCCACGCUGGAGCAGAGCUACGUGGUGUGCCAGCUUCACCAGAAGGUCGACUUGCUCUUCUCCUUCAUUCGGAGUCACCUCAAGAAGAAGAUCCUAGUCUUCUUUGCCUGUUGCAAGGAGGUGCAGUUCCUCUUCCGCAUCUUCUGCCGCCUGCGUCCGGGCCUCCCCGUGCUGGCGCUGCACGGCAAACAGCAUCAGAUGAAGCGGGUGGAGGUCUACGACGACUUCCAGCGCAAGAAGAACGCCGUGUUGUUUGCCACCGACGUGGCCGCCCGCGGGUUGGACUUCCCCGCCGUCAACUGGGUGCUGCAGUACGACUGCCCCGAGGACGCCGACACCUACAUUCACAGGGUGGGGCGCGCCGCCAGGUACAAGGAGAACGGCGAGGCGCUGCUCCUGCUGCUGCCUUCCGAGGAGGAAGGGAUGGUCGCCCGGCUGAGGGACAAGAAGGUGCCUGUCAACAAGAUCCAGGUGAAUUCCGAGAAGCUCCAAAACGUUCAGCAAAAGUUGGAGUCCUUCCUCGCUCAGGAGCAGGAGCAGAAAGAGCGCGCCCAACGUUGCUUCGUCUCCUACCUGCGCUCCGUCCACCUGAUGAAAAACAAAGAUGUGUUCGACGUCUCCAAGCUACCGCUGCGCGAGUACGCACGUUCUUUGGGCCUGGCGGCGCCGCCCAGAGUGCGCUUCCUCAACAAGGCCGAUGCGCAGAAGAAAACCGAGGAGGAACCGAGCAGCUCCGAAGACGACGGCGGCAAUGAUGGGCCUAAAGAUGAGGAUUUCGCCAAAGCGCUCCACGUUGACGAGGAGGAGGAUGACGACCUGAAGGAUUUGGACUUCCUCACCCUCAAACGAAAAGAUGUCUUCAACGCAGAGGAACCCGAGCAGAAGCAGUCGGACGUCACCGGCGAGAAAAGCGUCCAAAAAAGCAGCAAGUUCGCGGAGGCCAAGAAGAUCACCAAGAGGAACUUCAAAGUCAACACCAAAGUGGCCUUCACGGAAGAAGGCCAAGCCGUGCAGGUGUGGCCUCCCGUGCAGCGGCUUGCGACGGCGGAGGAUGACGACGAGGACGAGUCUGGGAUCGACGUGGACAAAGCCAAGGAACGUCUGAAGAAGGAGGACCAGGAGUUCGACAAGCCCGAGUACAGCCGCAAGGUGAAGGCCAAACACCGCGAGAAGAGGCUGAAGGCUAAAGCGGCGAGGAGGGAAGCUAGCAAGCAGCGCGGCGGGAAAUCCGACGAUGACGAGGAGGAAGAUGAGGAGGUGGUGGCGUAUCUCGCCGACAACGGGGAGGAAGAGUUCGACCCUGACACGCUGCCGGAUCCGGACAAAUGUCACCGGGAUGAAGAUCAGUGUGGCGUUAGCAGUAGCGAGGAGGAGGAGGAGCCACCAGUGAGGAAGAGGAAGAAAGCCAGAAAGCAUGAGGAAGAGGAGGAGGAGGAGCCUGCAGGACUGUCGCUGGCUGAGGACGAGGAGCUGGUUCUGCAGCUGCUUUCGGGGCGGCCAUUUUAGAGGGCGUUUUCAAUAUUUUCCCUAGCAAAACAGCUGUGUGAAGAUGAAAUUUAUAUAAAAACGAUGUCAAUCGUUUGUGCUACGUUUGUGCUUGUUUGUGCCGUUAAGAUAUUGACAAUUCUUUUAGAGGUCAAUCUGAGGUCAACCAGCCCAUCCACUUUGAUUCAAAAUGGCGUCAAUCGUUUAGGCUUCGUUUGUGCUGUAAAAAUUGUUGUUUGUGCUGCUAUCGUUACAUAAAUUUUGAGACCAUUUUGAAUGAUGACGUCAUUCACAGCUUUUCCGUGUCCAACUUACGCGGCUGGCGGAGCAUACCAACUCUCAAUAAUAGAGGGGUGUCAUAAAUGAGGGGUUUAGAUAUUAAUUUCGAGUGAUGAUGUGACUGCAGCCCUCUAUUUACUGCAAAAUUGAACCGAACGGGUGUUGUUUGUUUGUGCUACGUUUGAGCUAGGUUGUUGGGACACCCCUUUGUUAUUGAGAAAGUUGUUACGCUCCGACAGCUGCGGGGAGUUGGAUACGGAAAAGCUGCGAGUGAUGUCAUCGGGUCCCCCAUUUACUGCAAAAUUAGCCCGAAAGAGUGUCGUUUGUUUGUGCUACGUUUGCGCUAGGUUGUUGGGACACCCCUUCGUGAUUGAGGGAGUUGGUACGCUCCGUUAGCUGCGGGGAGUUGGAUAGGGGAAAGCUGUGAGUGACGUCAUUGGGCCCUCGGUAAACUGCAAAUUUAACCCGAAGUGAUGUCAUUUGUUUGUGCUAAGUUUGCGCUAGUUGCUGGGACAUCAUUUUGUGAUUGAGAGAGUUGGUACGCCCUGUCAGCCGCAGGAGUUGGGUAUGGAAAAGCUUCAAAAUAUGUUAUCGGGCGCCCUAAUUUACCGCAAACUGGACCCGAAGGGGUGUCAUCUGUUUGUGCUACGUUCGCGCUAGUUAUUGGGACACCCCUCCGUUAUUGAUAAAGUUGGUAUUCUCCGUCAGCCGCGGGAGUUUGAUACGGAAAAACUGCGAGUGAUGUCAUCGGGCCCCCCAUUUACUGCAAAAUGGACCCGAAGGGGUGUCAUUUGCUUGUGCUACGUUUACGCUAGUUGUUGAGACACCCCUCUGUUACUAAGAACGUUAGUACGCUACAUGAGGCGUGGGACAUGAAGGCGGAAAAGUUGCGAGUGAUGUCAUCGGGCCUCCUACUAACUGCAAAAUGGACCCGAAGGAAUUUGUUUGUGCAACGUUUGCGCUAGUUUUUGGUUCACCCCUCUGUGAUUGAGAAGUUGGUACGCUCCGUCAGCAGCGACGGACGGGCUGCGAUUGACAUCACUCGAAAUUAAUAUCUCAACAACUAUUAAACGAUAGCAAAAAUUUUUUACAGCAUAAACGAUUGACACCAUUUUUAGCCAUUUUGAAUCAAAAUGGGGGUACUGUGUCUUAAAAACAAUAGCAGCACAAACGAUUGACUUCAUUUUUGUAUAAAUUUGUGUCCCAUGGGGGGCCAACUUCACCAAUUAUGACGAAUGAACGCUUCCAGUCCAAAUGGAUUGGAUGUCCAGCGCCGUCAAUGGCACAGCAAUAUUCCCCAGGACUACCAGAAUUUAAGUCAUUCAAAUCAGUUCAAAUCAUUUCGACAUAGUAAUGGCAGUUCGCUAGUUAUUCAAUCACUUUUUGACACCAUUUUAGAUGUUUUUUGCAUCGUUUAUGCAUCACCAAGAUGUGUACAAUAAUGUUUUUGUUGAUACGUGUAUGUAAACUUUGGCUGCCAAUGACGUAGAUAAACGUCCAAUCCGUCCUGAUCAGGAAUUUAAACGGUUUGGAUGUCCGUCGCCAUGGCAGACAGUUCAUCAUGUUAUUGUAAUUUGCAUAUAAAUCUAUUCUAAUAAGAACUAAUAGGUAUGGUGUGGUAUUUUUUUGCUUUAUAAGAUGAUUUCCUUUGUUUUGUGGCAUUUUGGAUUUUUCAAGAUCGACAACUGGCUGGACGUGACGCAAUUUUCAAUAUUGUUUUGGAAAGAAUAUUAAAAUUAUGGAAGACCAGGAGUACCUAAAUAAAUAUAUCAUUAAAUUGA